UCAAAAUAGCUCAAAACAUACCUUCUCUUUAUUGAUUAGGAUGUUCUGACUGUGCUAACAUUACAUCAUGUGUGUGGCUGGCGGUACCCGUGCUGACAGCUAGUCUCACUGCUCACCCCUCAGAGACAGUGGAGGUUUUUCCUUGAGUUGCAGGCGUGGCCGUCCGCCUCUAUCAGCGGCUGCCGCUGCUGUGAUCAUUUUUUUCAGCCAUUUGUCCUCGCGCUUCUUAAGUGUCGUAACACAAAUGCAUUGGGGAGAUUUGCUUUUUCAAAGUGGAUGAGCUUAAUCCCGGCAGAAUAACGAGUUCUUUGCCUCUUGGAAAUGGAGACAAGGAGAUCUUGAGGGUGUUUGUAGUCAGGGGGUCAGUCAUUUUCCACGCUCCCGAUGCUGGCUCUUUCCAGCUGUUCGGCAGCUUUGAGGUGCCGACUGCGCCUCUCUCUGGUGGGCACAGCCGUGAGCAGCCAGCCAUCCGCCGCAGCCAGGCCCCAGUUACUAAGAACCCAGGCUGCUCUGUUUCACCAAAGUAACGCCAGCCCUGACCCAAACAAGCCUCCUUCAGUGCUGUCCUCUGGGUCCGAGCUGGAGGGCGGGCUGUUCGGGAUGGGGAUGUGGUCGCUGGGUCUGGGUGCAGUGGGGGCCGCGCUUGCCGGGAUCUUCUUGGCCAACACUGACCUUUGCCUUCCUAAAGCUGCUAAUGCGUCACUGGAGAACCUCGAAGACGCUGACCUUCGUUCCACCCGAGAUGACAACAACGUCAUCAAAGGAAAGAGCCUGUGGGACCAGAACGGGGCCGUGGUCAUGGCCGUACGACGCCCUGGAUGAUUUUUGUGCAGAGAGGAGGCCUCUGGGCUGUCCUCUCUGAAGCCCCAGCUGGAAGAGCUCGGGGUCCCUCUGGUUGCUGUGGUGAAGGAGGAUGUGGGCACAGAGAUCCAGGACUUCCGACCGCACUUCGCCGGGGAAAUCUACGUAGAUGAAAAGAAAAGCUUCUACGGCCCCCUGCAGAGGAAGAUGGGCGGCUUGGGCUUCAUUCGCCUCGGGGUCUGGCAGAACUUCAUGCGGGCCUGGAGGUCAGGUUACCAGGGCAACAUGAACGGCGAGGGCUUCAUCCUGGGCGGAGUGUUUGUCUUCGGAGCAGGAAACCAGGGGAUUCUCCUGGAACACCGCGAGAAGGAGUUUGGCGAUAAAGUGCAGAUUGCUGAUGUUUUAGAGGCUGUUAAGAAGAUAGUACCUGCAGAAUAAGUCCCAUGGCCCCCCCAAAAAGUCUUUAUAAAAGAUACCCUGUAUUUAGAUAAAAAAACAUAACUGCACUCAAAGUCCAUCCAUCACUGAAAAAUGACAUUGAUGUCGGUAUUGUCUGAUAUCGCAACAUACCUCAAUACGCACAUUAAUUAAUUUACUGUUGGUUUAGCACGAAGCCGAUAUCGUUUUAGGAUUUGUAAGCGAUUACAACUCUGCAGACACCUAGCAGCUAUUGAUUUUAAGACGGGUAUUAAAGAAACUGUAGUAAGCGACUUAAAUUCAAUUAACUUAAGGUCACUUUAAAUCUGUCUUUUAGAGAACAAGACGAGACUAAAGUCUCACUCAUUUGUAAUAACGUUAUGUGUUGUCUUUGUCCGCUUGUCGUGGUCAGGCACCUGAAAGGAGCAGUGUGUGCGCGGUCUGUGUGUGUGUGAUAAUGACAACUUGAAUCCAAACUCAACAUUGAGAGGAGCAGGUUUGAUGCUCAAUCACAUCCAGGUCCACCCACUGUCGCCAGAGCUCCCUGAACGAUGAAGCGUGUGUGUGUGUUUGUGUUGAGAUGAGAUAGUGUGUAACUGAACACAAGUUAUAAAUAAAGAAUUUCUCAAUCACA